UUUUUAGAGGCAUACGCACGCAACGAAGAUCCAAACGUUUUGAGAUGGCAGCUAAGUUUUUCACCCUGCUAUUUUUGGCCCUCUUCGCCGCCGGCCAAGCGGAGUACAACUACAACGAGAAGUCGAACCAGGCGAGCAACUCUUUAAACUCCAGAGCAUCCGGUAGUUCUGGUGAGGAUUUCCUGAGUGACUACCACACGCCCAGCAACAAUGCCCUCAACUCGCAGGCCACUCCCGAUGGCUAUGACUACUUGGCGCCCACCAGGAACCAAUUUUCCGCCGGCAGUCGGAUGGCCAGUGUUCAGGCCUCGAAUCUCCUCCAGAAUGCAGCCAGUGCGGCCAAUGCCGAAUCCGCUCUGCUGCCCUCACCGCUGCCCAUCCUACGUCAGGAGCAGAACUCGGAGGCGGUAUCACCUGUGCAGUCCCAAAAUCAGAAGGUAGCUUCAGUUCCGGCCGUUCAGCGGCAAAGUCAGGAUGCAGUGGUGGUUUCAUCAGUUCUGAGCCAACGUAAGGAGCCCGAAGUCUAUCCACCCGCCAGCUAUAGCUUCAACUAUGCCGUGAAUGACGAGACCACUGGGGACAUCAAGGAGCAUAGCGAAACCCGGGAUGGUUAUGUCGUGCGUGGUUUCUACAGCCUCGUCGAUCCCGAUGGCUACAAGCGCACGGUGACCUACACGGCGGAUGAUGUUCAUGGUUUCAAUGCGGUCGUCAACCGAGUUCCCUAUGCCAUCAAAAGGGUGGUUGUCCCAGGGGUGUCCAAGGUUGCUCAGCCCACUCCAUUUGUAUCUCGAGAUGAGCGCACCAAGUCAGUGGAUAUCAAUGGAUCCUCGGGAGCAGCAUCUCUGGGAAGUGAGCUAAGAUCGGGAACCAGUUCCGGUUCCGGUUCCGUUUCCGGUUCGGGCUCGGGUUCUGUUUCGGGAUCUGGUAACACCGUUUCCGGUUCCGGAGUGACCAACAACUUCGCAGAUGACAGCUAUGUCAAUGCCCCCCGAGGACUCGACGCCUCUGGUGGUCCCUACGCCUGAGUACUGCUCCUAGGCUACGCACUCCUUGUAUAUUCCAUCAU